UUUAAUUUGCUCCUAUCCUCAAAUUAAUAUAAUUGCAUCAUAAUUAGUGACGUAGCCAAGUUUUAGCACUAAUUAUUAAUAACAGGCGUCUGAAGGCCGGCAGCAUCACACACAAAACAAGAAGAACAGGGUCUCGAAUGGCAUCACCACUUCCUACAAAAAAAACACAAGACUCGUCUCCACUGCCCUCAAUAAAUACACCUCCAUUCCCUCCACCACUUAAUCACCUUCACCUCUCUCAAUCCCAUACCAACACCACCCCCCCUCAUGGACGACACCAACAACAAUAAAACCCUUCACAUAGCAAUAUUCCCAUGGCUGGCCUUUGGCCACUUAAUCCCCUUCCUCCAGCUCUCCAUCUCCUUAGCAAACGCUGCCGCCGACUCCACCGCCGACCUCCCCACUGACCAAACGCACCUCCUCAAAGCCGCCUACGACCUCCUCUCCUCCCCCCUCCGCCAGUUCCUAACGGAGUCAUCUCCUGAUUGGAUUAUCUACGACUUCGCUCCUCAUUGGGCCGGCCCAAUCGCUAGGGAGCUGGGGAUCAAGUCCGUUAUGCUUACUACUUUCCCCGCAGCGGCCACGGCUUUUUUGGGCCCGAUAGAGAUGUGGGCCGAUGAGGCCCGUAAAAGGACCUGGGUUGGGCCGGAGAGCUUGACGACAAAGCCCGAUUGGAUCGUGUUUGAUUCGGGGGUCGCGUUUAACAGGCCGGAAGCUGAGAUGUUCUACCCGAUGUUUUUCGGC